UCACUUGGGGGCCAUUUUAAACAGCAAAAUCACCAACGAAAAGCACAGAAGUGUGGAAAGCAUAAACUAAAUGGACAGCAAAAAGCAUACAAGAAGGCAGAGAAUCACCUUGUCCCACUAUAGCCGGGAGGGUGUGUGGGGGGCAAAUCAAGAUUUUUACUGCUCUGGGAUGUGCGUGGCUAUGAGUGACUAGGAAAACACCUCGAGCAUUGAUUUUGGGGUUACAAAUAAAUUUUAGCAAGUGGAUAAAUUCACAAACAUGGUAUCUGCAAAAAUGAGGAUACACUGUACAUAUUCCCAGUACUUCCUUCUCUUGUCCCGCCCAUGGUAUUCCUUCCUUUCUUCAAAGGCCCACCUACUCUGUCAAGGAGCCUUAGUUGAUUUGCACCCUGCCUCUGAUCACUGCCUUCUGUGCUCAAUUGAGAGAAAACCGGUGAGAUAAAUCAGUCAAUCAAUCAAUUAACCAAUCAAUCAAUACUAAUGAAGUAUUUUAAAUAACCCAACAUAAUUUCUGGGAGGUGCUUAGCAUAAUUUGUUGCGAAGCAUAGUUUCUGGAAUAGAUAAAUAUAAAAAGCAGUGCCUUCCCAAAAGGAGUUUACCAGUAGUUGAGGAGAAAAGGCUAACAUGGGCAAACAAUGCUUAAAAUUACCUAGGUCUAGCUUAAAAGAAUGUUGCACACCAUAAAUGCUACAGAUGCUUUAAAAAGUUGCCUAUCAAUACGAGCUUUAAAUAAAACUUUCCUGAGAAACAGAACUUUCAUGGGGCAUUAAGAAGGAAAGACAAUAUGGAGAAUGAUUGAAUGAAGUAUUCAGCAAGUAUAAAUGCAGCCUAAGAAGUGGAAAUUAGCAUCGUAUUGUUUUUUUCCAAAUAAGAAUGAAGAGAUGAACUUAGCGAGGACACUUUCGUGAGGAGUUAGGGAGUUGGGGAGCUGGGUGCAAGCUCAGGUCUGCCUGAUGAUGCUUUGUUCCUUACCCUGAGAGAUGUUUUACCAAAAACACUGACAGAUAUUCCUGAUAGAUUAACCAAUACCAAACGUUUUGAAUCCUAUUCUUAUUAGCCACACACGUUUGGCCAGGAUCUGAAGGAUUCCUCAGCAGCAGCAGAUACUUUAAUGUAGGGUGAAUAUAUUUGAGAGGUCAUUCUUAAGAAAAGUCCAGGCAAGAGGCCCUCAGGUAGUGAAUUAUUCCAUAGGAUUCUUUUUUUUUUCUUUUUUUUUUUUUCUUCAUUUUUCCAUUUUUCUCCAUAGGAUUCUUGACAGGUUUCAAUUACACACCUUCCCAUGGGUAACCCACCCCUUCUCUUCGGCAGUAAACUAACGACUACCUACCAGUGAAUAUCACAGGUAUAAACCACCUUUCUUUUUUUCUUUUAAGGAAUUAGUAUGCAAACUUUAGUACUCCUUUCCUAGUAACAAAUGACCGCUGUAUCACACUGUGUCACAAGGCAGCUGCUUUGACUUAUUGCUCUGUAGCUGGGGCCAGCCUCUUCAGAACAUUGUUAAUGAGAGAAAGGAAGUGCUUUGGGCAGUGUCUGGCCCAUCAGGCCCUCUGUAAAUGUUUGCUAUCAGUGCAAAGACCAAGUCUCCCACAGUGUCCAAUUUGUUUCCUUGUAAAUUUUUCAAGGUACUGCAAUGCUGGGAUCCCAGUGAACAGAAUCUGGCGUAGAAGAAGUGGGUAUCCACUGACCGAGCCUAAUCUUACAUCUUGGAUUUGUAAGUGGCAUUUAUUGAGUUGAACAUGAGCUUAAGCACGCGGUCACACAUUCUUUCAGCAAACACUGGUCAGGCACCUGCUACCUGCAAGCACUGCCCUGCAUGCUGGGAUGCAGCUGUAGUAGGAAUGAAAUAACGCCAGCAUUCCUGCAUGCGGCCAGUGCGUGCCCUGUACAGAAAGGUACACGAGAUAGGCAUCCUUACAUCCAUUGUCCUGGGAGGAAACUGAGGCUUUGAGAAACGGAGAACCUGCCGGGCCCUUUGACUCCAUGUCAUCCCCUUCCACAUCAAUGCCCUGAACAGCCUCCUGUACACCCUUAAGGAACUUACCCGUAAUGAUUAUUAAGAACUCAACGAGACCCCGAGCAUCACCUCGGCAUAUCGCGCGCGUCCUUUCUCUAGAGAACCCCAAAUGUUGGAAGGCAUCAGAGCGCACCUCCUCCGCUCCCGGGAGCACCCCCUUCCUAACACCUUGGGGAUGGGUCGGAAGGAAAGGAAAGGAGACGCGAGAGGUAUCGUCGAUGUGCCUGCGAAGCCCAGGCUCCUCCGGAGAUCCUUCCGUCCGUCCCUACAGUAGAAGGCUGGCCCAGGCUGUUCCACUCCCCCGAGCUGCAGACUGAGUCGCCAGGUUUCUGUGCCUUCAAAGCCCUGCGCGACGGCCACACCAAACACCCAAACCUUGGGCAGGGACCAAACGGUCACUUCCCCGCCCUCCGGGCUCGAUAUGCAAAUCCGAGCACCAGGAAGUAGCUGGGACCUCUCGACCGAGCCCAGAGACAGCCAGUUCCUCUCCCGCCGCGCCGGGCCGCGCUGCCGCUCGCUCCCCGGCCGUGGCGCCUCCGGGCCCGACGCGCUGCAGCCUCCAUCCCGCGGCAAGCGGGGCGGCCGCGCCAACCCCGGCCCCGCGCCAGCAGCCCCUCGCCGCGCGUCCCGCGUUCCCGGCCAGCAGCCUCCCCCUACGCAGGUCCUGCUGGGCCGCCCCGUCGCGCCCCCUGCUCUGAACUCAAGUCACCGUGGAGCUCCGCCACCCCGAAACUUUCACCGCGAGCGGGUUCCAGAAUCUCAGCUUUUACCUGGACAGAGGUUUCAAGCUAAAGAUCCAGAGGAACAAGGAGACAUUGUGGUAGCCUUGUACCCGUAUGAUGGCAUCCACCCGGACGACUUGUCUUUCAAGAAAGGAGAGAAGAUGAAAGUCCUGGAGGAGCAUGGAGAAUGGUGGAAAGCAAAGUCCCUUUUAACAAAAAAAGAAGGCUUCAUCCCCAGCAACUAUGUGGCCAAACUCAACACCUUAGAAACAGAAGAGUGGUUUUUCAAGGAUAUAACCAGGAAGGAUGCAGAGAGGCAGCUUUUGGCACCAGGAAAUAGUGCUGGCGCUUUCCUUAUUAGAGAAAGUGAAACGUUAAAAGGAAGCUUCUCUCUGUCUGUCAGAGACUUUGACCCUGUGCAUGGGGAUGUUAUUAAGCACUACAAAAUUAGAAGUCUGGAUAAUGGGGGCUAUUACAUCUCUCCACGAAUCACUUUUCCCUGUAUCAGUGACAUGAUUAAACAUUACCAAAAGCAGCCAGAUGGCUUGUGCAGAAGAUUGGAGAAGGCUUGUAUUAGUCCCAAGCCACAGAAGCCAUGGGAUAAAGAUGCCUGGGAGAUCCCCCGGGAGUCCAUCAAGUUGGUGAAAAGGCUCGGCGCUGGGCAGUUUGGGGAAGUCUGGAUGGGUAAGUGCGUGGCUCGGGGGACUAUGGAGGUUACGAUAGACACGGAGACCAAGGGGCGUGAAAAACCCGAAGCGGGAAUAUGCUGUGGCAAGCCUUCCGGAAGAAGCCAACCGCAUGAAGGACGGCGCAGCAGGAUAAAGCGCCUUGUUCUUUCUUUCUCCAUAGGCAGUUUGCUGGAUUUCCUGAAGAGCGAUGAAGGUGGCAAAGUGCUGCUUCCAAAGCUCAUUGACUUUUCUGCUCAGAUUGCAGAGGGAAUGGCGUACAUCGAGCGGAAGAACUACAUUCACCGGGACCUGCGAGCAGCUAAUGUCCUGGUCUCCGAGUCACUCAUGUGCAAAAUUGCAGAUUUUGGCCUUGCUAGAGUAAUUGAAGAUAAUGAGUACACAGCAAGGGAAGGUGCUAAGUUCCCUAUUAAGUGGACGGCUCCAGAAGCAAUCAACUUUGGAUGUUUCACUAUUAAGUCUGAUGUGUGGUCCUUUGGAAUCCUCCUAUACGAAAUCGUCACCUAUGGGAAAAUUCCCUACCCAGGGAGAACUAAUGCCGACGUGAUGACUGCCCUGUCCCAGGGCUACAGGAUGCCCCGUGUGGAGAACUGCCCAGAUGAGCUCUAUGACAUUAUGAAAAUGUGCUGGAAAGAAAAGGCAGAAGAGAGACCAACAUUUGAUUACUUACAGAGCGUCCUGGAUGAUUUCUACACAGCCACGGAAGGGCAGUACCAGCAGCAGCCUUAGAGCACAGGGAAACCCGUCCGUCUGGCAGGGGUGGCUGCCUCAUUUAGAGAGGAAAAGUAACCAUCACUGGUUGCACUUAUUAUUUCAUGUGCUGGGAUCUUCUGCCGUGCCUGGAUCCUGAAAUAGAGGCUCAAUUACUCAGGAAGAACACCCUCUGCAUGGGAAAGUAUUCUGUACUCUUAGAUGGAUGCUUCACCCAGUUGCAACUUGGACUUGUCCUCAGCAGCUGGUAAUCUUACUCUCCUUGACAACGUCUGAGUGCAGCCUUUUGAGAAGAAAACACCUAUUCCCUCCAAAAAUACACCCAGCUAGCUCUAUGUUUACAAAUGGACAUAGGACUCAAAGUUUCAGAGACCAUUGCAAUGAAUCCCCAAUAAUAUCAGAACUAAACUCACUUAUAAAGCUAAAAUAACCAGAUACAUAGCAUGACAUUUCUUUGUAUUUUUCUCUAUGCUUUGGCUUACUUGUUAAAAAAAAAAAAAAAAAAUUACUAAUCCAACCUGUUAGAUUUUGCAGGUGAAGUCAGCAGCUUAAAAAUGUCUUUUCCAGAUUUCGAUGUGUUUUUUUUUUCCCUACCUCCCAAAAUCUGAGACUGUUAAACAUUUUUCUCCCAUGAACACUGCUCAGACCUGCUAGACAUACCACAGGAGUGGCGUGCACAUCUCUGUCUCUUCCAGCAGGAAGAGCCCAUGAGCACACACAGCUGCCGUGCCGUGCAAUGUGCACCCGAGGGCACCGGGCUCACCUGGACCUCCCAGGAAAGGGAGAAGAGCCUCAGAAACUGCUCUGUGUUUAGAAGGAAUAUUUUUAAGGGUCCAGCUUUUUCAUUUCCACAAUUUCCUAUAUCCAGAUUUGUUUUGACAGUGUAGUUUGGAAGAACUAAGAUUCUAAUCUCUGAAGAACCUUAUAGGGCCUUCUAAAACAUAAGAGUUUCCUUUGUUGCUUCAAAGAUUUGAACAUUAUGUUAAAGAUCAAGUAUUAAUUUUAGUUGUACUCUAGAAAGUUAAAGUGCCACAUUUGGGGCUAUUUUUAUGAUUCAGCAAUCUUUUCUAAAUUGUGUAGCAUGUGUAUGAGACUAUUUAUACCCAAGGAUAUGAAGGAACGUAAGUGACUAGGAGGCUCUAGUGAGCCAUGGUGGCGGGAGGUUCAAGCCGUUUUGUUUACUAAAUUUUUCUCCUGUAAGCUUUGAAUGGAAACUUCUGUAUCACAUUAUGUGUUUCACUUAUGCUGUCGUGUAUAUACCUAAUAUUUCUAUUUUUGAUUUUAUUUUAAUACACCUCGUCCAAUAACA